AUGGGAGUCAUUGGGCUACAAGCCAAGAGAGUUGGGGCACAUCACAUCUAUGUCCGCAGCGCGGAGCGCUCUCGCCAGUGGUAUGAGGAUCUUCUGGGGCUGCACACCUAUGGCAUGAGAGCCGGACGCGCCGCUUUCAUGACCGCCGACUUGGGCAACUCCCAUGAAAUUGCAUUGGUGGAAGUCGGCGAAGACGCACCGGGCCCCCAGAAGGGGCAGGUUGGUCUGAACCACAUGGCCUGGUACAUGGAAAACCUGGAUGACCUGAAAGAACUCUACCAUCGCAUCAAGGAAAGAGACAUCGCGAUCGAGUCCGUGUCGGAUCACGGGCACGCGGUUGGUAUCUACAUCCGCGACCCAGACGGAAAUUGCAUCGAGGUCUCGUACGAGAUGCCCCGCGAGGAUUGGGGCCACCAAGAAGGCGAAUACAUGAUCGGCGCAACGGCAAAGGGCCGCCUUCCUGGCCCUUGGGACGAGGAGCCGACCAGGGUUCACUAA